AUGGCAGCUCUCGAUGUCAAUGGUCCCUUGCCCGAGCUGGCUGAGCAGCAGCCGGACGAUCUCAUCCCCGAGUCCCGGGUCCUCAUUAUCAUGACCGGUGGUACGAUUUGUAUGCGACAGUCCCCAUCAGGCUUCAUUCCUGCCAGAGGAUUCCAGGAGCAAUGUCUGGCCCGCGUGCCGACCUUCAACGAUGGUUCGCACCCGAGCAUGAUGGAUGUAGUGGUCAACUCAGCCGGAGAGAUCAAAGGACAUCCCACUCUCCGCACACCACCGACUGCCUAUGGGCGACGGGUGCGGUACACUGUCUUCGAGUUCGAAGAGCUCCUCGAUAGCAGUUCUAUCGAUGCGAAAGGUUGGGCUCAGAUCGCUCACACUGUUGAACGAAACUACACCCUUUUCGAUGGCUUCGUCGUCCUCCACGGAACAGACAGUCUCGCAUACACAUGCUCGGCGCUCAGCUUCAUGUUGCAAAACCUUGGAAAGCCCGUCAUCCUGACUGGAGCGCAAGCGCCCAUGCUGGAGUUGCAGAAUGAUGCCACCGAUAAUCUUCUCGGAUCACUGGUUGUGGCUGGCCAUUUCAUGAUCCCCGAAGUGUGUCUGUAUUUCAACAACCGACUGUUCCGUGGCAACCGGUCGAUCAAGGUCGCAGCCAGUGAUUUCGCUGCCUUUGACUCGCCGAACUGCCCCCCGCUGGCGGUGACAACCUCCAUGCGGACCAACGUGAACUGGGAGCUGGUCAACCGACCGAAGAGCCUGGAACAUUUCCGUAUCCAAACCAACCUCGACACCACCCAUGUGGCGUGUCUUCGUAUCUUCCCUGGUAUCAAGCCGGAGAUGGUCGACGCCGUGCUGAAGCUCGAAGGGCUCCGUGGUUUAGUGUUGGAGACGUUUGGCGCCGGUAACGCACCCAGCGGUCAAGACAAUGCCAUGACCAACGUAUUGGCCGCCGCUAUCAAGCGAGGAAUCGUAAUCGUGAACGUCACGCAGUGCCUGACAGGAAGCGUCAGCCCCGUCUAUGCCCCAGGCAUGAGUCUCUCGCGCGCGGGAGUCGUCGCCGGACUCGAUCUGACCACCGAAGCCGCACUAACCAAGAUGUCAUAUCUCCUCGCUCUUCCGGAUUCCACCCCAGAAUGGGUCGCGAAGAAAAUGUCCGUAUCUCUUCGCGGCGAAUUGACCGAGGUCUCGCAGCCCGUAUUUCGCCAUCCGGACGGGGCGCUCCCUGAGCGUGUUCAGUCCCUCACGGUGCUCGGAUACGCCAUUGCGCAGGGUGAUCUUGAGCGCGUGGAGGAGAUUGUGGCCCGAGAACACCAAUGGUUAUUGAAUGACGCCGACUACUCGGGCAACACACCUAUCCACCUCGCAGCAACUUCACCCUCAGUUGAGAUUCUCCGAUACUUGCUUCUCCAGGGUGGCUCCGUGCACUUGCGAAACCGCAAUGGUCGGACGCCGCUGUUCCUGGCGGCCAACGCAGGAUUCUCGGAGCACGUGCUGCUGCUACGCAAGUCUGGAGCGCAUCUGCACUCUGACGAACGCACGGCGGCGCAGUUGUUGGCCCGGCGCCGACCUGGCGUCUGGGGGUUGGCGGGGAUUGGGCCGCGUGAGGUGAGUGAGCGCGAGAUGGAGGAACUGGAGGACUCGAGUGAUUCUAUAGGACGUAUGGCGCAGCGAGUGAUGGCGGGAUCGGCGCCUUGA